GUUCCAUCACUGCACGCGCCUCACCACCCCGCUCCCGCUCCGGCCGGACAAUGGGGUUUGUUGGCUCGCGCGGGCCUCUCGUGCUCUCUCUGUAUCUGGUGGGAUUCCUGGACUUAUUUGCUGUAAGUAUGGUGGUUCCAUUAUUAAGUCGGCACAUCAAACUUCUUGGAGGAAGCUCAACAGUUGCAGGGCUAGUAGGUUCUGUAUAUGGAUUGCUGCAGCUGCUUUCUAGUACUGUAAUUGGUUCUUGGAGUGAUGUUGUAGGAAGACAGAAAGUGUUAUUAAUUACACUCGUACUUAGUGGAUUUAGCUACGGUCUACUUGGCAUCUCUAGUAGCAUCCCUUUGCUAAUACUGGCUAGGAUUCCCACUGGUAUUUUCAAACAUACUCAAUCCAUCUUGAAAGCUCUUCUGUCAGACCUGAUUCCCGAAUACGAACGCCCCAAUGUAAUGGGAAGGUUUAGUGCAGCUUCUAGUGUGGGUUUCAUUCUGGGCCCUGUACUUAGUGGAUAUCUGGUUGAGCUAGAUGGAGGCUUCUACACCACUUCCUUUGUUUGCAGUUUCAUUUUCUUUGUAAAUGCAGGUGUUGUCUGGAGGUUGCCUUACAAAGCAUGGUUGUAUACUCCAACAAAAGAACUGCACUUAACAACAGAAGUGAAUUAUGAGACCAAGUGCGCUACUUUACAAAAAGAAAAAGUUAAAAAUCAUACUACAAAAUCAGUGAUUACAACAACCAAUGGAGCAGCAAGACACAAAACAUCAAAUUCCGUCUGGAGUCAGUGUGUGUUGGUGGGACAAAAUAUAAAAGGACUAAUUCAUUCUAAUCUAUGGGAUGUUUUUCUGGUAAGGUUCCUUAUGGCUCUAGCUAAUCUUCUGUACUACAGCAAUUUUUUUCUUGCAGUUGAAGAAAGAUUUAACGCACCACCCAGACUAAUAGGAUAUCUCAUCAGCUACGGUGGAAUAAUUGGAGCUCUAUCAGGUUUGAUAGCUGGCUCUGUCAUUGGACUCUAUAAUCGCAAAGUGAUCUUACUGCUGUUACAUUCAGGCAUCCUCACGUGUUGCACGAUGGUGAUGUACUCGGUUGCAUCGUCCAUACAGGUAGUUGUACUGUGCUCAACUGUUUUAGGGUUCUCAACCACUAUUGGCCGUGUGUGCAUCACCGACAUGGAACUGAGCCAAGGUGGGCAACAGGCCAGAGGUACUAUGAUAGGAGCCGGACAAUCAGUCACAGCUGUUGCACGUAUACUUGCCCCGUUGUUUUCUGGGAUUGUUCAGGAAUUCAGUGUGUGCGGUCCCCCAAGACUCGGUGCUGCCUUAGCUUUACUGGCCAUCCUCCUUAUGGCCUCUAUACAUUCGAAACUCAAUAAAACCACAGAGGCCAAAGUGAAAUUACAUUAAGGGAUUGCAGAAGUUACCAUGAAGUAAUGUGACUUUUUUGAUGAAAUAUAUCAAAAAAAGUUGUAAUAUUGUGUUUACUUUCUAAAAUUGGAUGAUCAUUUUAUUCCUUGUUUUCCUUGAUAUAAAGCGUUUACUCUUUGUUGCACUCUACUUCCAUAAAUGUUAGUGUCUGUCUGCUACCUGUUGGGUAGGAGUUUUGAUAGCAAAUGUAGCAAGCAGUGUACCCAUGAUGGGAAGAACAGAUAAUCCUAAAUAAAAACAAAGUGCUGGAGAAAUUCAGCAGGUCUGGCAGCAUCUGUGGACAGAGAAACAGAGUUUCAAGUCCAACAUGACUCUUCUUCAAUUUGUUCAAAUCCUGGCCACAUGUUCUUCACCACUACCCACCUCACUGCCAAGUCCCACUUUAAUUUGGUCAGAGGUGGGGAUGCUUCCUGCUUUUACCCUCUGUAAACUUCAGGAGGCUUGUUUUGGUGUCUUAGUUAUUGCUUUAUCUCAUCAGAAAACUCAGCAGAGACCUAGGAAUCAAACUGUUAAUAUCAUGACUUCAGUCACUAAAUUGCACACCACGUAAGUUCUCUGAGUCACUCAGCAGAAGGGAGAUUCCCCCACAAACAGUCCAAAGAUACACACACAAUGAGAGGUGUGGGGGUGGACUAAGUGAAAUGCCUGCCCUGGUGCUCCAGCACCUUGUCCCAGGUGUUUAAAUAAAAGAUUAAAGCAAAAAAAAAACCUCCAGCCCAUAAUCCUCAGCUCCUCCACACACUUUUCAAGCCUUAUUCAUGCCAAACUAUGCCACACCUUGAUCCUACCUACUCCUGUAGCCCUUUAUAGUCCCUAUGUCAACGUAUUGCCAAGCACCCUCUGCCAUCAUAGUGCCUGCCAAUUCACCCAGUAUUAAGAAUGGGCAGACUACGUACUGAAAAUAAAUAAUAUUCUUGAGCAUCCAUUGAUGAAAAAGUUUUUAAAAACUGAUCAAUUUCAAUAAUAACUUUCACUUUAUUUAACUUCCCUUAACCCUUAUGAAAAUAGGUAUUUGUGUUUUAUAAAAUCUCAGAUCAUAUACUUUGUAAGCACAUAGAUCCAUCAAACUAUGAACUAGCUGGCAUACCACUGUGAUAAUGAUUAGUCUUGAAAUCAGUCAUACGGCAUUAAUCGUCUAAUGAAGAUCAUCUGGUUUAUGUCAAAAGAUAGGGCGUACUAUUUCACUUCACUUCAGACAGUUUUUCAAAUAUUUACAGGGAAGAUUUAAAUUUCUUGAUAACUUAUUUGAGAACACCCUUCACAGCAACAAUUAGCUUGGCAAUUCCAACAAGUUUGUUCAAUAUUUAUCCAAAGGACACUGACCCUCUCCUAAAGGACACCUGACUCCUCCCAAUGGUGUCUUGGAACCAUAACCAAAAGGAUUCUGUACCUCUCCAGAAGGGUAUCCUACUUCUCCAAAGAACUCUGGUAAAUUUAUCCCUUUUCUUGACACAUCUGAAGUAAACCAGUCAUGUUUUGGACAUCCUUCAAACGAAAACAGGCUCUGAUUGAAGAUAGCUGCACUUUAACGUGUGCAUUUGCAUGUAUGAACCAUAAGCGUGCAAAGUACAACCCACCACAGCCUGGCUUCAGGGCUGGGACAUCUGGAUUCAUGCCUCUGAUGCUAUUUUGGUUAAGCCAGGGAUCUAUCCAUUUGCAAAAAUUCUGUGCUUAUUCUGGUUACCUAAUAACCAAGCCAGCAGCGUACGCUCUGUAUCACUUCUAUCUGUCAGUGAAUGCAUGAUAAAGACAGAUGAUAGAUAAAGACAUUCAAAGAGCUUCUGACAAUCAGCUUAUAAUUGAAGAACAUAUAUGAAGGGAAGAUACUCAAGCACACAUUGCUUGCAAAACUAUAUCUCAGCAAGAGUCAUUGCUCUUAGUAGACAGAAAUUUGCACAAUGAAUAUUUAUUACUUUAUGAUAUAUUUGAAUUUUAUGUAUUGUCUGUACUUCGUGUAUUUAUAAAAUGGCAACAACUGUGUUAGUUUUAUGUUGUAACAUAUGUAUGAGAAAUACACUUAUUGUGCCAACACCAUCUUUCUAAACCGAAGAACAAACCUUCUUUCAAAGCAUUUGUUAGUCAUUGGGUUAGUCUUUUUGAGAAGAGUAAUCACUGUUGUAUAAAUAAGGUGGUUCUUUUGGCGAUGUAUUCCAAGGUAUCACCCACUUUACAAAUCUUAUUCUAUAUCUUCUCAUUUUCAAUGUCUCUGCUCACUAUCUCUUCAACCACACGACAUCUCAAUUAACUAUGUUUACCAUCCCAAUUCUGGCCUUGCUGUUGUAUAGUUCCUCAGCCCUGCUAACACUGGGCCUAAGACAUUGGUACCUACCCAACCAACCAUCCCCUCCCUUAACCCCAACAUUUCCUGAGAUUUGACCUUCUGCUUGCUUACACCUAAACUGCUCAUUUUGACUACCUUUUGCCACUCACUGUCCACUGCCCUGUACACGCCUGUGUAAUGUUUCUCUAGACUGUUUAUCCAUCUCUGACAAAAUUGUAACUGAUCAUUUUUUUUCUUAACAGUUCAUCAGAACUUUGUUUCCUUGUCCUGUCAUCACCAGAAACUUUCUCCCUAUUGGUCUCGCACCUUACUACUUACCUUAGACCACGGUGGCACGGUGGCUCAGUGGUUAGCGCCAGGGACCCGGUUCGAUUCCAGCCUCGGGCAACUGUGUGUCUGGAGUUUGCACAUUCUCUCCAUGUCUGAAUAAGCACCCUCCGGGUGCUCUGGUUUCCUCCCACAGUCGAAAGAUGUGCAGAUUACGUGGAUUGGCCGUGCUAAAUUGCCUGUAGUAUCUAGGGUGGAAAAUGCAGGGAUGGGGCGGGUGGUAGGUCUGGGUGGGAUGCUCUUCAGAGGGUUGGUGUGGACUCGAUGGGCUGAAUGGCCUGCCUCCACUCUGUAGGGAUUCUAUGAUAUAUCCUUCUACCUUGAGCAAACUCAUCUUGCCACCAUUGUUAUAGAGUCAAAGAGUCAUACAGCAUGGAAACAAACCCUUCCAUUCAACCAGACCAUGCCAAACAUAAUCCCAAAAUAAACCAGUCCCAUUUGCCUGCUCCUGGCCCAUAUUCCUCCAAACCUUUCUUAUUCAUGUACUUAUCUAGGUGUCUUUUAAACAUUGUAACUGUGCCCGCAAUACCACUUCCUCAGGAAAUUCAUUCCACAUGCGAACUACCCAUUGAAUUAAAAAAAUUACCCCUCGUGUCUUUCUAAAAUCUCUCUUCUCUAACCUUAAAAAUAUGCUCCCUAGUCUUGAAAUCCCCCAUCCUAGGGAAAAGACACCUACCAUUAAUCCUAUCAUGAUUUUAUAAACCUCUAUAAGGUCACCUCUCAACCUCCUGCAUCCUGUAACCUCCUUCCUUUACCCCUCAGUUUCCCAGACAACUGCAGCUGCUCAAUGUUCCCAUGCUGUCUGUAUUUCUGACUCCACUCUCUGUACAUUACCCCUUUUCUUUCUGCCCCCUCCACCACUGUAUCAUAAUUCCAUCAGAUCCCACUUAGUCACUGAUCAAGUCAUAUCACACUUGUUCUGGCCAAUGUUUUGUUCCUCAGUCAGCAUCAUAAUCAAGCUAUUUGGUCAUUAUCACAUUGCUAUACAUAAAUGUACAGUGUAGCUACAUUCUCUAUUUUGGAGGGGUGGUGUUGCUUGGUCAGCUCAGUUGACAAGACAGAUAUCACAUUGGAUCAAAUUAAUAUCCACAGCACAGUUCAAUCCCUGUUCUGGCUGUGGUAGAUUCAAGGCUUGUCUUCCUCACCUAUCGAAUGAAAACCAUAGUAUUCUGCUGUGGUCAUGAAGAGCAUUGAAUAAAUCCACGGCAUUCAUUUUGUAUUUUAAAAUAUCUAUCACAUCUGUAAUAGAUGAAAAACACUGUUUCCUUUAAUUAUAAAGGAUCAUAGUUGUUUUUGAUUUAGUUUUUUUUUAAAGGUUAAGAUGUUUUCAAAAUAACCACUUUGGCGUGUAACUAAAGGUUACACUGGAAAUUUUCCACAGUUUUCACUGCAAUCCCUAAAGCAGAAAGAUAGACCACCUGUUCAAGUAUUUUCACUCUGAGGAUAGUCAGAGUCAACAAUGUGGCAAAUGAAGUGUAAAGUGAAUCAGCUGAGAUCAUUCAAUUUGUUAAUACGUGUAGAUCCAUUGUUAUUUUAUAAAAGUAUCAACUGUUGAUGUUCAGAGAAACGUGGGUAUAAACUUGCACAAGGAAAGCAAUAUUAAUAUGCAGAGGCAGCCAGCAAUUGGAUAAGUAAUUGGCAUGUUAGCAAGACAACCUGAGCACAAAAAUGUGGAAGUCUUGCUACAAUUCAUACAGAGCUUUGGUGACAACUGAAGAAGUGUUGCGUGCAGCUUAGGUCUCUACUUAUAAAAGCAUAUCAUUGCCUUGGAGGAGGGAGAGUAAAGGUUCACUAAGUUCAUUCCUGAUGUGAAAUGAUUGCCCUCUGAUGAUAAACCGAGCAAAUUGGGCUAUCUAUGGACUUCGAAGGUUUGAAACUUUACCUCAUUGAAACAUGCAAGCUUCUGAAAAGGUUAGAUGCCAGUUGUUUUCAUUUUUCUGGGUAGUCUUAAACGUAGCCAUGGACCAAGUAGAAGAGUUCACUUUUUUAGGAUUAGGAUGGGAAGGAAUAUGAAUUUUUGGAAUUGUGUACUUCAGAAGAUUGCAGAUGCUCCAAUUGUUGAGUAUAUUCAAGGUUGGAGUGAAAGCUUUGUAGUCUCUCGGAAAUCAAGGUAUAUUGAGAGUGGAAGGGAAACUGAACUUGAAGCAGAUAAUCAGCCCUGAUCUUAUUGAAUGAAAGUAAAGGGUCAGAAGAUUUUGCUAUGUCCUUUCAUAAAUUUCCAAUCGCUGAAUUUUUAUUGAAUUCUAUUGUCUUAGGGGCAAAAGUGCAUUGGCACUAUACUUAAUUUUAUUUUCACAAAAUGGCAGGUCUUACCCAAGCUAUUUGUAUUUCUUAUCCUUGUAAGAGGUAAAGUUGCCAUGGUUCUACUGGUCCAUAGGGCUGCUGUCAUGUUAGAGAGAGACAACUGGUGAUGCAAAAACAGAAAUUGCAGUUCUGGUAGCAUUUGUGGAGAGAAAUCAGAGUUAAUAUUUUGGGUUGGGUGACCAUGGUGGUGGUUUAAUAUGAGGGUCACCACACCUUAGGCAAGAGGAGAGGUUGAGAUGGAGAGUCCUUCAUAGUGACCUCAGCCAGUGCAGGAAUUGAACCCAUGCUGUUGGCAUCACAAACCAGCCAUCCAACCAAGUGAGCUAACGUUGUUCAAUAUUGGUCAGACCACUAUAUAGUAAUGUUUACAAAAGAAAUGUGAAAAGACUAGUUGUUUGACAAUUGUUCUCUAAAUAUUCUCAAGUAAUAUUUAAUUCUUGUAAAAUUUGGUUUUCAGUUUUAUCUGCAAAUGUUAUGUAAGUUAUUGGUACGUGCAUUGGUGCUAAUAAAAUUGAUAUCCUAAUAAACUGUAAAUUUUUGGGAUGUA